AAGCGCACUGCACUUCCUCAUACACUCCCUGAUCUACUCCGCUCCCCCUGACACUGCCUGCACCCACCAGACCUACAACCGCUGCUCCUGGAAGCUCAGGUCAGGAUGCUGUUCCUUCUGGAGCGAGUGUGGGGGUCUCUAUCCCUCGAUCCGAGAACCCCGGGGGGGCUCCUGCUCUCUGGAGCCGCCCUGCUGCUCCUCUGCGCCGUGUUGAAGCUCUCGCUGCGGACUGUCCGCUUCCUCUGGCUUUACAGUCUGAACGCGCGGCGGCUCAGGUGUUUCUCUGAACCGCCGCGAAGGAACUGGCUCUUCGGACAUCUGGGCAUGAUGAAGAACACGGAGGAGGGUCUACAAGCUGUGGACGAGCUCGUCAGGACCCACGUCCACUCCUGCUGCUGGUGGUUCGGCCCGUUCUACCCCCUGCUGCGGUUCUUCCAUCCCGACUACACCAAGCCCCUGCUGAUGGCCUCCGCUUCAAUCGUGGUCAAGGAUGAACUCUUCUAUGGCUUUCUGCGCCCCUGGCUGGGGGACGGCCUCCUGCUCAGUAAUGGAGAGCGCUGGGCACGGCACAGGCGCCUGCUGACUCCCGCCUUCCACUUCGACAUCCUGAAACUCUACAUGGAAAUCUUCAACAAGUCCACGGACAUCAUGCACGCAAAGUGGCACCACCUGCUGGCUGAGGGGACCAGCUCCCUGGAUAUGUUUGAUCAGGUCAGCCUGAUGACUCUGGACUGCCUCCUGAAAUGCACCUUCAGCUACGAAAGCAACUGUCAGAAGAAGCCCAGUGAGUUCAUCGCUGCCAUCUUUGAGCUGAGCACCCUGGUGAAGCAGCGGGAGCUCUACCUGCCCCAUCACCUGGACUUCCUCUACCGGCGCUCGGAGGAGGGCAAGAGGUUCGCCCGCGCCUGUGCCAUCGUUCACCAGUUCACCUCCGCGGUGGUGCAGGAGCGCAAAGCAGCCCUGCAGAGCCAGCAGAGACUGGGAGAGAAGCUGCUGCCAAAGAAGGGCAAGGUGACGGACUUCAUCGACGUGCUGCUCCUCUCCAAGGACGAGGACGGGAAUGGACUCUCCGAUGAAGAGAUCAAAGCGGAAUGCGACACCUUUAUGUUUGAAGGUCACGACACCACAGCCAGUGGAAUCUCCUGGAUCCUUCACAACCUCUCCCAGCACCCAGAGUACCAGGAGAUGUGCAGAGAGGAGAUAAACACGCUGCUGGCAGGGCGAGACAGCGAGGAGAUUGAGUGGAACGAUCUGUCCCAGCUGCCCUUCACCACUAUGUGUAUAAAGGAGAGUCUCCGGCUGCACCCCCCUGUCAACGCAGUGACGCGCCGCUUCACCAAGGACAUCAAGGUGCCCGGGGACCGUCUCAUCCCUUCAGGAAAUAUCUGCCUGAUCAGUAUCUAUGGAACCCACCACAACCCAGUAGUGUGGCCUGACCCCGAGGUUUACGAUCCGUACCGCUUCGACCUGGAGAAUGCUAAAGGCAGGUCGUCAUACUCCUUCAUCCCCUUCUCUGCAGGGCCCAGGUACUGGCUCCUCACUGAGGAUCUAUAGCAUGCUGGCCCCACC